GCUUUUCUUCAGGGCAAAGUGGGGCAAGCGCAUUGAAUUGUGGUCUUAUCCUACCUACUCUAGAGCUUUGCAGAGAAGGUCGAGGCGCCUUUGGUUCCUGCUGGAAGAGCUGAUCCAAUCUGGGGGCGAGCUGCUCGAGUCUGACCCAUUGCAAAGCGCCUGAGGUCUUGAGUGCAAAUUCCAGCCGCUUUCCUUUGAGGGAGCUUAUGUGGUUGCUGGCACCUCUCUUGCCAGGCUCGGCCCUCGAAAGAGUACUAAUUUAAGAUGGACAUGAAUUGUAGCUUCCUUGAUUGAUCAUAGACACAGAAGAGAGCGGGGCAGAGACUACUUAACUGCAUUGACCCCGGAGGAGGCCUUGUUUUUGUCAUGAUGGUGUCCUGCGCACUGACCAUGUGCCGGGGGGCGGUGGUGAAACAGGGCCUGCGGGUCACAGCGAGCGCAAUGGGCCGCUCGCUUUGCAGCCAUCCCCUACCGACGCCUCGGUUCAGCAGACGCUCCGCAUGCAGAAGUCCCUUCCCCUUGAUAGGCCCCAUGAUCCUCCUGUCUCAGCAGUUCACCUCUCAGAGCAGCGUGAGAGCAGAUGCUGCUCACGACAAGGAAGUUGAGACGCAGACUCUGGAGAAGGAGACUGCGGAGGAGUUGCUGGAGGAGGCAAGCAUGCUCUCAAGCCGAGCAGAAGCCAAGCUCCAGGAGCUCCAGUCAAAGUCUACGCAGACACGGGGCGAUGACAUCCAAUCUGCGCUCGCAGACCUCAAGCACAACCUUUCCAGCCUGCAAGCAAAGCUGGCGGAAUACCGAUCAGAGUUCAUGGAGAAGAAAACCACCCCUCCGGACACCGCAGAACAAGCCAUGUUGGAUGAAGUCCCAAAUGCAGACCGCCCCUUCCUGUCCGGCUUCAUUCCUAGCUUCCCCUCCGCGCUGCAUCUUCCCCAUCUCCCCAGGAUGCCGCACCUCCACCUUCCUGGCCCCAUCAGCUUGCCUCAGGUGAUCAGACGGGAAAAGCGGACCGUUGCUACCGAAGGGGCAGAGCAGGCGGCUCAGGACGACAAAGAAAUGGGGGAGGUGUGCACGGCAGAUGAAUUGCAUUACGUGGAAGUGAAGGGGACCGAAUGGAAACUGGCCCUGUGGCGCUACCGGCCUGCAAAGGACGCCGUGAAACGCAAUCAUCCGGUCCUCCUCCUUGCCGGCGUUGCUUCCAAUGCCUUCACUUUCGACCUUGAUCCUCAGGUAUCUAUGGCCCGCCACCUGGCCGCCCGGGGCUUUGACACGUGGGUCGCCGAGGUGCGCGGCAACGGCCUCACUAAGCGCGUGACUCCCGAGGGGGAGGUUGAGUCCGAAGUCCAGAUUGAGCUCCAGAGUUUGGAGACGAUCCUUCCGUCGCUGCGCAACUUCGGAGAGUCGGAGUGGGCCAAGCGACUGAACGUAAACGUGCAGGACUACAUCAAUUACUUGGAGAAGCUGCUCCCGCUCCUCGAGCGCUACCUGGAGCGCAUCAAGCCGUUCCUGACGCGCGGUUCGCGCGUCGUGGACCAGACCCGCAGCAGCGCGCGCGAGUUCCAGCGCCUUUUCGACUGGGACUUCGACAGCUUUCUGCUGGAAGACGUGCCGGCCGCUAUGGAAUUCGUGAAGGAGAAAACGGCGCCGAAGGACGGGAAGGUGCUGGCGAUCGGGCACUCGAUGGGGGGCAUUCUGCUGUACUGCCUGCUGUCGACGAAGGGGAAGGAGGCGGGACUGAAAGCGGCAGUUACGCUGGCGUCAGCUCUUGACUAUUCCCCGGGCAGCGUCCUCAAACUCAUUCUUCCCCUGGAGAUUCCUGCAUCCCGGUUGCAAGUCCCGGCCAUCCCCCUCGGUAUCAUGAUGCGCUCCAUCCAACCGGUCGUCGCGUGGGCGCCCACCAUGUGGCCGCUGACGUGGCUCUCGAAACACGUGUCAGCCAACGGGAGCAUGGACCCCGCGCUGGUGGCCAAGGUCUACGGCAUGAACUUUGGAACCGUCUCCGUGAAAGCACUGCUGCAGCUCGCGACGGUGUUCCAGCCAGGGGGCCUGCAGAGCCGCGACGGUCAGAUCAAGUACAUGGAGCAACUCAAGACGACAGACGUGCCCAUUCUGGCUGUUGCAGGGGACCAGGACACGAUCUGCCCGCCGAACACAGUCCAAGCAACCGCGAAGGUGGUUCCGGAGAACCUGCUCGAGUACCACUGCUUUGGUGGUCACGACAAUUCGCACUACGGCCACUACGAUCUGCUUGGCCACCGAAACGCGCCGAAGGAGGUCUUCCCCGUCGUCUUCGACUUUUUGGAGGCGCACGACGCCCUCGAGAAGGAACCUGAGCCUGAGCCUGAGCCUGCUCGCCCACAUGUAGGACAAAGGUAGCCCGGCGAGAGGAGGGUUGCACAAUCUUCAUCCUUAAAACGGUUGUGGAAAGAUAGGUAGGAGGCAGGAUCGACCAGUUCGAGCCACAUAGAGAUACAUUCGAUCAGACGCUGCAUAAAGAGGUGCACUUGUCAAGAACCGUGCAUGAAUUGUACAGGUAAUCGCAGAAUUUUAGAGGCUAGAAAGAUAUGUUAUGCAUGCAGUAUGGACAGGAUUUCAGCAUCCAUAAGCAGCCCAUGGCUUGUCACCAAAACAGCUGAUCCUUGCUGCAUGCGCAGUAGUAGGUCUGUCAGCUCUGCAAUUUCUUUUCUGUCUUUGUGC